UCCAAGCCUCACAGCGGUUGCUGCUGUUGGUCGCGCAGUCGUCGUGCACUGUGGUCACUGUGGUCGCGCAAUCAGCCCGACCAGCCUUCAGUCAACAAGACAGUGUUGUCGCGGCCGCAGUUGUGUAUUGAAGAAAGGACACCGAUCUAUUGUCAACAUGCAGCUUUUCGUGCAGUCGCUGCUCUCGAAGAGAACUUUGUGCGUACAUUUCGACGACAGCUUCCCACGAACGGUAGAUGUCCAAGCCAUGAUUGCCGAACGUGAGGGAAUUCCCGGGCACUGGUUGCAGCUGCUGCGCCAUGGGCGCCGCUUGGAGCCUGGGGACAGACUUCGUCCGGGUGACUGGCUGCGCUGUGUCUCCACUCUGCCUGGCGGCAAGGGAGGGUUUGGCUCAAUGCUGCGAGCCAUUGGGGCCCAGAUUGAGAAGACCACCAACCGGGAGGCCUGCAGGGACCUGAGCGGACGCAGGCUCAGGGACAUCAACCACGAGACGCGGCUGAAGCGGUGGGUGGCGCGUCAGGCGGAAGCCCAGCGGGAGCGGCGGCGCCCCCAGGAGGCACCCCGGCACACCUUGGACGACCCCGAGUUCCAGAGGCAGAGGGACCUGCUGCCAGACAGGGUCCAGGAGGCAGUCUCCCACGGCCUGACAGUGGGUGGCAAGCGGCCCAAGACUGGAGGGGGCCCCCCGAAGAAGCGCAGGGCCCCGCUGUGGCUGGGGGCGCCCGAGAUGCCCAGCUCAGAGGACAGCGGCGAGGAGGAGGAGUCCGGUGGAGAGGAGGAACCUCAAGAACAGGAAGAGGGAACAGGCAAAAGAACGGACGAGAGCAGCAGUCCCGCCGGAGAAGCCGGAGAGAGCGACCAACCACGGAGGAGCCCGACUCCGCCGCAAUAAAGCUGCCACGUUGUCCCCUU